CAUUUCGUUGAGUUUAUUUUGCAUUCUCAUCACCGUCAUCCGCCGUGCUCUGUGCAAAUCUGUUUUCUAAUUUGUAUCCAUCGCUAGUCUUUUUCGGAAAUUUCAGCCAUUCAAUUUGAAAUAUCGGCGCAACAUGGAUAACGUCGCCAGCCUGUACAAGCAGCUGAAGGCCGAGUGGGCCAAGGGUCCGUCCAACCUGAAGCAAUGCGGAACUUUGCUGGAUAAACUUAAGAUUGCAUUAAUCGAAUUGUCCUAUCUGCCGACGGGAACAGGUCCCACUAACAAACAGGAACUGAUCAUGACCCGUGAUGUUCUGGAGCUUGGAGUCGAAUAUAGCGUAGCCACCAAGAAUAUUCCUGCCUUCGAGCGAUACAUCUCACAACUCAAGUGUUACUACUACGAUUACAAAAAUGAAAUCGGUGAAUCAAAGAACAAAUACCAAUUGUUGGGUUUGAAUCUAUUGUUCCUUUUGUCUCAAAACCGAGUGGCCGAAUUCCACACCGAAUUGGAGCUGCUGCCAGCUGACAUAAUCCAAGAAAACGAGUUCAUUCGACACCCGUUAGCGCUGGAACAAUAUCUCAUGGAGGGACGCUAUAAUAAAAUUUUCCAGGCCAAGGGUAACGCUCCGGCUGAAAGUUACAACUUUUUCAUCGAUAUUCUGCUGCAAACGGUCCGCGAUGAGAUCGGGGCCUGUUUGGAGAGUUCGUACGAAAAAGUUUCUGUUCAGGAAGCAGCUAAACGAUUGAAUUUAAAGUCUAAGGAUGAGGUCAAACAAUUUGGAGAGAAAAAAGCCUGGAAACUGAAUCCGGACGGAUUUUACUACUUCGUUAGCGAGCUGGUGAAGCCAAAGGAACCGAUCCCAUCUCGGGAACUGGCAGAGCAGGCUAUCUUCUAUGCACGUGAACUGGAGAUGAUUGUUUAGAGAAGUAAGAUAGAAGGACAUUUCUUUCGAUUUGUCUACACCACGAGCGGCUCUUGGACGUUACGUGUAUAAUAUUAAUAAAUAAAACUGUAAACAAAGAA